CCAUGCUGGAUAAUGACACGCCUGCCUCCCAGUGCUUCACCAGGACCGGAGGCCGCCUUAAUGCCCGAUCCAGGGCCAGGUGAAGUUUCUGCAACAGCCGCUACUCCUCCGCCAGCUUCCCUGGAGUUCGUAGAGCUGCCAUUUGGGCAGGCUCCGAUCCCGGUGACAGAAGCCUCUGGCCAACACUUCCAGGAUCCGGCUCCAACCGAACCGCCCAAGCUAUACCCGCCUCUCCCGUUAAAGUUGCAGGCAUUGCCCCUUGGAUCCAUCACACCAGAGCGAAGAAGGCAUACAACACUGACCCGGAAGACGCUGAGUGGACCACCCAGAAGGACCCCACCGACCCACGGGGAACCAAGAUCAUUCUGAAGAGGAAGAAGAGAACGAGAUCCCGGACGAGCCCUCUACAGGAUGGAGCUGGGUAAAUGACUCCUGCUGCUCGGCCUCAUCAACGCAAUUCUGAACCUGACCAGUGUUCCUGCACAGAACAACGUCUUCAUCUCAUGGGCACAUUCUUACGCGAACUUCCACAACUCCUCCAACUGUUGGGUAUGUGGGGCCAUGCCCCUGUCAGUAAUGGAUGGACUCCCCUUGUGGGCAUCGCCACUCUGUUAUGGGGACUUUAUACCACUGUGUUCCUUCUUAGAGCAACAGAAAGGAACUUUUCUCUCUCUCACCAACCAUAACCUUUCUUUGCUCUCCUGGUGUAAGAAGAAGCCAUCAAUGGGCCAGGAACAUAGGGUUACAUUUAACAUGAACACCAGCCUUACAGAAGUAACAAAGGCUUAAACCUCAUAUAUGAAAAAUAAAAAGGAGAAGGGUUCUUUUACAAAAGGGGGACAGGCCUCCCGGUACCUUGAGCAAUACUACCAGGCCUGGGAUGAAUAUUUCUGGAUGACUCCUGAGAAAGGAC